GAUUGACAGGCGCUCCACGAAGGAGUUCGCUGAAGGAGUUGACGAAGAGGUCAUAGGCCAGCAGGCUCAGUUGAAUCAACAGCACCAGGGAGUAGUUGCUAGUCUGAAGCAUGGUGGCCCUGUUGUGCCUCAGGAAGUGUUCCUGUCCGGCUUUGGGAUUAGAACUGACCAGUCGAGGCUUCUGCAAGGUUUCUCCAGUAGCCCCUGGUCGACAUCUCUCCCCCCGCGGCGCCUCCGUUCAGUUCUGUGAGCAACACGUGGGAUGUUUUGGUCGUUACAGAACAUAAUCCACUACAACCAAUGUCCAAGUGGCUCAGCGAUGGAGAGGUGCUGGUGGGGCAGGGCAGCGGCGACGCAUCCUCAUGGAGCCCAAGAUCCAGGGGCCCGUCCGCUGGGGGCCUCGUGUCCAGCCCAGUCCGAGCCCGGUUGUCUUCACCCAGGGCCAGGGAAGCCAUGCCUCACCAGGAGCCACAGACCAUGGACAAAGCAAGGGAGCUGUUUGUGCUUUGUGAUAAAGAGGGCAAAGGAUUCAUCACCAAGAGAGACAUGCAGCGACUGGAAGUGGAGUUACCACUGUCCCUGGAUCAGUUGGAGGACGUUUUCAACAGCCUCGACAGAGAGAGUAAUGGAUUCCUCACUCCUGUAGAGUUUAACGCAGGCCUUGGAGGAAUCAUGGUGCUAGACGAGAGCUUAAACCAAAGCCAGAACGAGGGGCGGGCUGAGCCAGACCCGGUGGACUGGAACAACGACCCCGGAGUCAUCCGGUUUGUCAACCUGCUGGUCGAGUUGGGAGCAGACACCCUCUUCAAAAAUCAGUGGGAGGUGUCCUCCUUAUGGUUUGAACUGCAGAGGGAGAGACCGGAGCUCCUCACUGUCCUGGACGAUAUCCUGGUCCAAGCUUUGGCUGUCGUGCAGGACAGCACCAAGGAGAAGGACAGCCUGGAGCAGGCCCUGCGCAGGCGAGAGAGCGAGCACGAUCGCAUCGUUCAAUCCAUAUAUGAAGAAAUGGAGAGCCAGUUGAAGGAGGAGAGGGAGAAACAAAAGACGCAGGACAGUAUUAAACAGUGGGAGAGAGGACAACAUCUGGAAGCGGAGCUGAGCAUGCGGGAACAGGAGCUGGAGAGCAGUCUGGUCAAGCAGAGGGAGAUGGAGAGCAGUGUCCGGGCGCUGAGCUGUGAGCAGGCCGACAUCAAGGAGCAGAAGCAGCGGGUACAGAGCCUCAACGUUCAGCUCCGGGAGCAGCUGGAGUCCACCAGAGAAGAGCUGCAGGCCGCAAAGAGCCAGCUCAACCUGGUUCACGCCACAGCGGCUCAGGAGCUGGCCGUCAAGAAACGAAAUGUGUUGAAGGUGUCUAGAAACAUUCAAAAGGAAAAAGAGAGUCUUUUAAGACAACUUGACAUUCUGAGGGACAUGAACAAAAGGCUGCGGGACGAGACGGACACCCAACAGGCCCAGAAGAGGGUUAGUCCUCGACGCACUGUCUUUGCCACUCUACCAAGACCUCAAUAUUACUGCCAUUAAAGUUAAACAAACCAUAUCCAAGACGCAAAGGUCUUCACAUUGCUGAUCAUUAUUUCAUUUGUUUUGAGUGUUAUGUAGUUGUCGACUCAUUUACGAUGCAGAUGAGCCGGUUUGCCUGUCUUGUGUGAACAGUUUCUGGUUUGUGUUAUGUUUGAGUGAUGUAAAUAAGGAUUGUAUUCUGCUGCUUAACAGAACAGUGUAUUUUGGUUCAUUUACUGUGACUUUGAACCAGGAGGAAUGCAAAUGGUCACUUUAUAGUCCUAAUAAAAACGUUGGAUUUUCAUGAUAUUGCACAAAUACAACAUUUAACAACUAUGGUUUAAGGGUUGUUGUACCUCAAAUAGCUCACUGUCAAAACAACUACAAUUGUACCAACUGUAACAAAAAUCCCUUUCAUGUAGAUUGUUAAUAUGCCAUCAUUUGUUAUUAAAUUAUGAGUACAAUGUAGUGUAAUAAAUGAAGCUAUUGAUG